AUGGCCAUUUUUACCGCACCGCGAUCGUUCCAGUACGCCAACUCCUUGGUCUCCCGUCAGUUGGUAUCCCAGUCCGAUACAGGCCUCAUCACCUCCAGCCAACUCAUCGCCAAUGGCCGCCAUUCGGGUCAUCCCUCUUUCUUUCAUUUAGUCCUGCUGGUCUUCGAGGCCGUCCUUGAGGUAGUAUGCGUCAGCUUACCGGGUUAUUUCGCUGCCAGACAGGGCAUGUUUGACGCGGAUGCCCAAAAACUCGUCGCUAAUCUCAACGUCACCUUGUUCACCCCUUGUCUGAUCUUUACGAAACUCGGAUCCCAACUCACCGCGGAGAAGUUGACGGAUCUAGCCAUCAUUCCCUUGAUCUUCAUCGUCCAAACCUUCGUAUCGUACUUAUGCGCCUUUGUCGUCUCAAGAUGUUUUCGAUUCAAAAAACGCCGGUCCAACUUUGUGACGGCUAUGGCAGUUUUCGGCAAUUCCAACUCCCUUCCCAUCUCCCUUGUGCUUUCGCUCUCCCAGACUUUGAAGGGCCUUCAUUGGGAUCGCAUACCAAACGAUAAUGAUGACGAAGUGGCCGCGCGAGGAAUCCUCUACUUGUUGAUCUUCCAACAACUGGGUCAGCUCGUUCGAUGGAGUUGGGGCUACCACGUUUUGCUCGCUCCUCGUGAACGUUAUCUCGAAGAAGCAGAAAGAGAAGCGGGCGCAUCCAGAAUCGAACAGGGUCAAGAGCGUUACACCGACAAUCCCGAGCAGACUGAUCCAGAUGAGCCCUUGAUUCGAAGCCGAAGUCGGAGCUGGAGUCGGAGCCGAAGCCGAAGCCGAAGUGGUCUUUCUCGCCGACCCACUAGCAUCCAUAUCCAUAACGACGAAGAGUUCCAUUCUGGUGACCAAACCCCGGUGGGCUCGUACUCGUACUCCAAGACAUCUGGUCACGAUUCAGAUCAUGUUGAGGGGAGAUUGUGUGAGGAUGAACAUCCGGAUCAUUUCCCUCCUCUCAUCGCACAGCCACCCCAAGGCCUGUUCCUCCCUCGCCAGAAUACCGAAGGUGAUAUGCUGUCCUUCCCCAAUGUCGAACUCGCACACCGGGAAGCAUGCCCCCAAAGGGGAUGUCUGCAGCAAUUCCGAGUUUCUCUCCGUCGGGUUGGCAAGGGUAUCACGCACGCUUGGGAAAGACAAGCUGGGGCGACAUUCAGGAAACUCCCGACUGGUCUACAGAAGGGGCUUUUCGGCGUCUGGAACGGGAUUCGCAAGUUCGUGCAUGGCGCGUGGGAUUUCAUGAACCCUCCCCUAUGGGCAAUGUUGGUUUCCAUUGUAGUGGCUUCGGUCCCAACCCUACAGAAGCUCUUCUUCGAAGAAGGGUCAUUUGUGAACAGCUCUGUGACGCGUGCCGUUAACCAGAAUGGCCAGGUGGCCGUGCCCUUGAUCCUGGUCGUGCUGGGCGCCAACCUGGCGCGGAACACACUACCGGAAGAAGCACUGAAAGACUUGGACCACCCCAAGGAGGAGCGCAAGUUGAUCAUUGCGUCGUUGCUUGCGCGCAUGUUACUGCCCACCAUCGUUAUGGCGCCAUUGCUGGCUCUGCUGGCUAAAUAUGUGCCUGUUAGCAUCUUGGACGAUCCGAUUUUCAUCAUUGUCUGUUUCCUGCUCACAGGAGCGCCGUCGGCAUUGCAACUGGCUCAGAUUUGUCAGAUCAACAAUGUCUAUGUCAGUGCAAUGUCGAACUUGCUUUUCCAGAGCUAUGUUGUCUGGAUCCUUCCAUCGACUCUUGUUCUGGUCAUGUGUGCUAUGGAAGUUGUCGAGUGGGCGUCCGCUACUACAUGA